AUGGAGGACGCGGCGGCGGCGGCGGCGGCGGCGGCGGCGGCGGGUGAGGGCAAGGCGGGCCACGGCCGGAACGGCCAUGCCGAGGGCCCGGCGGCCGAGGAGCGGCGGGGCGGCGGGGCCCGGCUGCGGGGCUGCCGCGGGUUCCUGCGGCGCAACGCGCUGGUGCUGCUGACGGUGUCGGGGGUGGUGGCCGGCGUGGCGCUGGGGGCCGCCGUGCGCAGCGCGGAGCUGAGCCCGGCACAGGUCUCGUACCUGGCCUUCCCCGGGGAGCUGCUGCUGCGGAUGCUGCGCAUGGUGAUCCUGCCGCUCGUGAUCUGCAGCCUAGUGUCGGGCGCCGCCAGCCUGGACACCCGCUCGCUCGGCCGCCUCGGGGGCAUCGCGGUCGCCUAUUUCCUGGGCACCACGCUGCUCGCCUCCGGCCUCGCCGUCGCCCUCGGCUUCAUCAUUCGCCCCGGCGCCGGUGCCUCCGCGCUUAACACCCAGCUGGGGCUGCCGGGCGCGCUACCCAAGAGCAAGGAGACGGUGGACUCCUUCCUGGACCUCAUCAGAAACCUGUUCCCUGCAAAUCUUGUUGCUGCAGCUUUUGAGACGUAUGCGACAGACUAUCAGCUGCUGCUCAGGAACACAACCUCUGGAAAUAUCACGUGGGAAAAGGUCCCUGUAGGUACUGAUAUCAGAGGGAUGAACAUCCUGGGACUGGUGCUGUUUGCUCUGGUUUUAGGAGUGGCACUGAAAAAGCUUGGCCCGGAGGGGGAGGAUCUGAUUCGCUUCUUUAACUCAUUCAAUGAGGCAACAAUGGUCUUGGUUACCUGGAUUAUGUGGUAUGUACCUAUUGGCAUUAUGUUCCUAGUUGGGAGCAAGAUUGUGGAAAUGGAAGAUAUUGUGCUUCUGGUGACCAGUCUGGGAAAAUACAUCUUUGCCUCUAUCCUGGGUCACGUCAUCCACGGAGGAAUCAUUCUGCCGCUUAUUUAUUUUGCAGCCACACGGCAAAAUCCGUAUCGUUUUCUCUUAGGACUUAUCACACCACUUGCCACUGCCUUUGCCACUUGCUCCAGCUCAGCCACACUCCCAUCCAUGAUCAAGUGUAUCGAGGAGAACAACGGGGUUGACAAGAGGAUCAGCAGGUUUAUCCUUCCCAUUGGAGCCACUGUAAACAUGGAUGGAGCUGCUAUUUUCCAGUGCAUGGCAGCUGUGUUCAUUGCUCAGCUGAAUAAUGUUGACCUCAACCCUGGCCAGAUCUUCACAAUUCUCGUGACGGCCACGGCGUCCAGCGUGGGAGCGGCCGGCGUCCCUGCCGGAGGCGUCCUCACCAUCGCCAUCAUCCUCGAGGCCAUCGGGCUGCCCACCAACGACCUGUCCCUCAUCCUGGCUGUGGACUGGAUCGUGGACCGAACCACCACAGUUGUGAAUGUGGAAGGGGAUGCCCUGGGAGCGGGCAUCCUUAAUUACCUGAAUGAAAAAGACAAGAAAGAGAGAGAGCAGGAGCUCAAGGAAGUCACCGUAGAAGCAGUUGCUAACAGCAAGUCUGAAGCAGAAACGUCACCCUUGGUAACCCACAAAAACCCAGUCUCCAACACAAGCAGCACAGCAGACCCUGAAUCCAAGGAAUCAGUAUUGUGAACUC